UAUAAAAAGAAAAGUUGUAGCCUUAACUUAAUUUAUAAAAUUAAAAUGUUGUAUUAAGAGAGUGAUAAAACAUAAAUCUUAAGCCCUGAUAAGUAAUUUUUCAUAAAAAUUACGUUAAUAUCAUAUAAUCAUAGAUUAGCAGCCAUGUUGGAACCGGAUGACUUCAAAACUGUGUGCCCCGAUGAUUUGACCGCCUCUUUGGGUUUUCAAAUUUACAAAGAUUUGAGAAAUGAAGAACAAGACGCCGAUUUCAAACCUAUAUAUGAUGAAGAUCUAAAAGUGUUUUAUUUAAUGAGAAAUGAUAAAGCCUAUGUUCCCGCUCUCCACACAAAGGAAAUUAACUUUGGAGUACUGAAUGCCUUGGAAGAAAAACUAAAGGAACACAAAAUAUUUCUAGCCAUUGUAGACAAUACAAUCAAUAUAUUAUUUUACCAAAUCAGCGAAGGUCUCAGCGAUAAACCAGUUAACAAAAACUCAAUUUAAAUAAUAGCGAUAGAUACAUUUAUUCAAAAUCAUAUCAUAAAUAUAAGUUACAGUCACAACUUGAAGCUAAACAAAGUGACUCGACGCGGACCAAUUCGAUUUGACAGAUUUAAAAUGAAAUCGACGAUUAUAGCCGCAAGUUGUGGGCAUAAUCGCAAUAAAACUGACAAUAAAAGAUCUGCAUUGUUUAUACUCGUUUCGAUGCGCAU